UUUCCAAGUUGAUCCCUCUCUCCGCCAGCCGCCAAGGUAAAUAGCAAAAUAUUUAGGGCAAGCAAGUGGAAGUGCCUGCGUUUCCAGCAAAAGAGAGCUCGCAUGAUAUUGUCUUGUUCUGCAGCAGCAUCCUGGGAUACUCGUCUCUGCUGACUCGCUGCCCAGAUUCAAAUCAUUCAGUCAAACUCGCUUCGCUUUCAUGGGUCUCUUCAUUUCUUCGCUUAGACAUCUCUAUCGGUAACGGGUCACUCUCAAUUCGUCACAAUCCCACUCUCAAUAAGAGAAAUGGAAGAAUCGAUGGAAAAUGAAAGGCCAAGGCCACUUUCUCAAGAUAUUAGACGUUAUUUCUGUGAUUACUGUGGAAUUUGUCGAUCUAAGAAAUCUCUUAUCACUUCUCACAUGGAAAUUCACCACAAGGAGCAGAUGAAGGAGGAAAAAGAUAAAAAUGAAGAAACUGAGGGUAUUAAGUCUAAUACUUGCGAAGAAUGUGGUGCCAGUUUCAAGAAACCUGCAUAUCUUAAACAACAUAUGCAAAGUCAUUCCAUUGUGAGGCCAUAUGUGUGCUUGGUUGACGAUUGCCAUGCCAGCUACAGAAGGAAGGACCACUUAACUCGCCACCUUCUUAAGCAUGAAGGAAGGCUUUUUAAGUGUCCUAUUGAGAAUUGUGACCGUCAGUUUGUUUUCCAAGGCAAUGUGAAAAGGCAUGUUAAUGAGUUUCAUAGUCAGAAGUCCCCCUCAACCGAUGUUGGUGAGAAGAAGUAUGUUUGCCAAGAAUCCGGGUGUGGAAAGGUGUUCAGAUAUUUGUCAAAGCUGCAAAAACAUGAGGAUUCUCAUGUUAAAUUGGAUUCGGUGGAGGCAAUUUGUGCAGAACCAGGCUGUAUGAAGCAUUUUUCCGAUGUUCAAUGCCUUCAGGCACACGUCCAAUCAUGCCACACAUACAUGACUUGUGAGAUUUGUGGGACAAAGCAGUUGAAAAAGAACUUAAAGAGACAUCUACGCACCCAUGAAUCAGGUGGUGGUUCCAUGGAGAGAAUUAAAUGUCAUUUCGAGGGUUGUCGCAAUGCAUUUUCUAAUAAAACAAAUCUUAAUCAGCAUGUGAAGGCUGCUCAUCUUGAAGUCAGACGUUUCACCUGUGGGGUUCCAGGUUGUGAUAUGAGAUUUGCAUACAAACAUGUCAGAGAUAGACACGAAAAAUCUGCUUGUCAUGUCUACACUGCUGGUGAUUUUGAAGAUUUUGAUGACCAAUUCAGGUCAAGGCCACGAGGUGGGAGGAAGAGGGAGUGCCCAACUGUGGAUAUACUUUUGCGCAAGAGGGUUCUUCCACCUUCUGAUUUGGACGAGUGCUGCUCUUGGUUUCAGUCAAUAGGGAGUCAGGAGCAGUUGUGAAUAUAACUCUAUUUCU